UGGCUUUAUUGUAAUAAAGUGUUAUUUAAGGAGACUUAUAUCCGUAAGUUCCCCACCCAGAUAGCCACAGAGAGGGCACCGUGGUUAUAUGUCGAAAAUUACACAGGAUCUGCUAAAAAGGAGCCUGGAAUGUCCGCUGAGCGUUUGAUAGAGUCUUGGGAUUGGUUGAGCAAAAUUCGCUCGACCAUCGAAAAACUACUCGAUGACCGACCGCAGAACCCUUGUAAGAACAAUUUGCCUUCAUUUAUAGCAAAAAUGGUGAUGGAGUCCUUGAAAGCAGUAUGUUCCCAAGGACAGAAUCUGGUCCCAAUUGGUGUUUUUGAAUAUGAUCUUGUCACACCAAUUACACGGUCUGUUCAAGCUAAAUUCAUUCAGAAACUUGGAAUUGAUGAAACAAAGAUGUGGUCAUCGGUCUUCAACGAUUACGUGGAGCUAUUUGAUGAUGACGAAGUAGCUCGAUUGCAUACCCAUAGGGAAUGGUGGAUCAAGUGCUGUCGACGGAUUCCUUUCGAAGACCUCCACACAGAAUCACGUCAACAAAUAGCCCAUUUUCUUACACAAGUGGUUAUCGAAGCUUGCAAGUUCCCAGCCUUAGAUAAGAAAGGCACAGCUAAAAUGUUGGAUGCGUUUUCAUUGCGUAACGUGGCCAUCGAAGAGGAAUCGCGAGUAUUCGAAGGAGGACGAGUUUCGCUUUCGAAAAUGUUGGGAAUCAAUUCGAAACUUCUGGCCCUAUUGGAUGAACAUCCAUUUGACUCCAUUGUUUUCCCUACGCAUCAACUUCCCAUGACGCAUCCUUUUCUGGAUGUCAAAAACCAUGUGCCUCCUCGACCGUGGUGUGACGGAGGGUUGGGAGGUCCCGAGUAUACUCGACGAACGCUCAUUCUACGAAACUUGCAAGAGUAUAGGCAAAUUGAUAUUAAUUUUCAGAUGCGGAAGCGCUUGAGAUCACGGGCACAGGCACGCCCAGUGUUCGAUGCCCUCAACCAGCUGGGGUCUACUCCUUGGAGAAUCAAUGAGCCUAUGCUAGAGGUGCUCUGUCAGGUGUUUGAAAUGUCUUCUGAUUCUAGGGUAGGCUGUUCUCCACUUGCAAUUCCAUCAGAACAUGUUUUUAUUCAGGAGUUUUUCGGUGAAGAAAUUCGUGAUGCUCCAAUAGACAAGCCGAAGUAUGCAGAAUAUAGCAAGAGAAAGGCGGAGGCUAUUAAGUUGAGGAAUGAGCUGAAUUCACUAUGGUGUUGGAUGAAGUAUCGCAUAGUGUUGGCAAGACAUUUUCGAGGACAAACUCUGUUUUUCCCUCACAAUAUGGAUUUUCGUGGAAGGGUUUAUCCUAUAUCACCGUACCUUAGUCAUAUGGGUGAUGAUGUGAAUCGAUGCAUUCUAAAAUUUGCCAAAGGUCGCCCGUUGGGAAGUCGUGGAUUCCUCUGGUUGAAACUGCACUGUAUAAAUCUCACGGGUAAAAUGAAAAGGGACAGCAUCAAGGAUCGACUCAUUGCUGCCGAUCAACAACUGGACGAUAUGGUAGAUUCAGCAAAUCAUCCGCUCGAUGGCAAAGGAUGGUGGCUGGAAUCCGAGGAGCCUUGGCAAACCUUAGCAGCUUGUAUGGAGAUACGCGAUCAACCAACAAUUGUUUAUGUGUUUAUUAUUUUGUUCUUUAGCCAUCUAGCGGUGCAUCAAGACGGCAGCUGUAAUGGUCUACAACACUAUGCGGCAUUAGGGCGUGAUGAACAAGGAGGAUUAGAAGUGAAUCUGCUCAAAAGCGAAACACCCAAUGACGUUUACUCAUCGUUGAGCAGAAGAGAAUUGAAGAUGAAAAAGCUAUCUGCAUUGCAAAUAAAGCGGCAAUUGAAGGCUCUUGAUAUUGACAACGAAGAGACUGGUAAAUUCGCUCAGUACUUGACACACAAAACGUUUGCCAGUUUGCAUGAUGCUUUUACUUGUUCAAUGAAGCUGAAGGAUUGGUUCAGAGACUGUGCAAAGGGCGUGUCAGAUCUGUUACAGACAAUGGAAUGGGUAACCCCUCUUGGUAACCUCUUCACGGUUCCAUGUAUUGAUCGAAAUGAAGGUGUGACGUUUGCGGCUGUACACGAUUGCUUCUGGACUCAUGCCAGUACAGUGGACGAAAUGGGUGAAUUAUGUCGUGAGCAGUUCAUCAGGUUACACAGCGAGCCAAUAGUUCAGCAGUGCUCGGAUUGGUUCCAUUCGCACUAUCUCAAAGGACCACACAUUGAGUUGAUGUCACCGGAGGAUUUGGCUUAUUUCAGAAAGUUAUUCACUUGUCAAGUAAAACCGGGUGAUUUGGAUAUCAAUCAGGUCAAAGAUUCGGUGUACUUUUUCAGUUGA